GGUCUUGUUUGUGUGAAGAGACCAGUGUCUCCUCUUGGAAAUUCUCCUGUUCUUUUCUCCUCUUCUAUACAAUUUCCAUUAUUCCCUCUCCGUUAUCAUUAUACUAAUCAAAUAGAUAGUUGGAUAAAAACCUCAAAGAAACAAUUCUCAUGUUCUUCAACUACUUCAAUCCCUCCACUCGCUUCUGCUGUUAAAAAGUUUCACUCUUUUUUCUUUGGGAGCUUGUGUUGGGUUUGUUAGCAAUGCAAGCGACUCAAGGAGUGAGUAAUGGAGUUACAGAAGCUCCUGCUGCUCAGGCUGGUGCUGAGAAUCUGAAGUCCAUACAGGAAGAAGGUGGAGAAUCGGGACAUAGUGGAAGACGCCCUGAUAUAUCACUUCAAAUACCCCCAAGGCAUGCAGGGUUUGGCAGUAGCCGAAGCGGGAAGGGUUUACUCCAGUCUCAAGGUUCCUCUAAGGGUAGUCCACUAUCAGGAGGCUUGUUCCGGGCUUUAAGCUUCAAGAAGAAAGGCACAUUGCCGGAUGGUGAGAGAAGUUCCCUCCUUAAUUCAGACUCCAAUACAGCUCCUGGAAGUCCAGUAGUGAACAAUAAUGGACCAGCAUUUUCUUGGACAAAGUGUGCCUCUCUUCCUGUUACACCAGCAUCAAAUAUCUCACCAUCCAUAUCUACACCUGCUUCUGCAAGGACGUAUAACGAAAGGCACAAGGCACAUAAAGAGAAUGUGAAGCCUACAGUUUCAAGGUCUCUGUCCGUGCCUGGACGGAAUAUUGUUAUUGUCAGAUCCAUAUCUUUUUCUGCUCGAAAUGAGAACAUCGAAACAGAUCCUAGUGAUGAUCAAAUAACUCCGGUUCCAGUCGAGGCUGAAGAUGAAGAAAUUCCUGAAGAAGAAGCAGUAUGUAGGAUUUGUUUUGAUGAAUGUGAAGAACAAAACACUCUCAAAAUGGAAUGCAGUUGCAAAGGUGCUCUCAGACUUGUACAUGAACAGUGUGCAAUUAAGUGGUUUAGCACAAGAGGAAACAGGACAUGUGAGGUAUGUGGGCAGGAGGUUCAGAAUUUACCUGUAACCUUGCUGCGGGUGCAGAGUUCUGUUCAAAGGGCCAGCGGACAGAACCAAAAUCAACAGAGUCUGCAUCCAGAAACAAUAAGUGCAUGGCAGGACUUCGUAAUACUGGUAUUAAUUAGCACAAUAUGCUAUUUCUUCUUCCUUGAGCAACUACUGAUCCGGGACUUGAAAGCUCAAGCUAUUGUAGUUGCAGCACCAUUUGCAUUUACAUUGGGUCUCUUAGCAUCCAUAUUCGCCAUUGUCCUUGCAAUCAAGGAGUAUAUAUGGACAUAUGCAGCUCUCGAGUUUGGCCUUGUAGCACUCUCCGUGCACCUUUUCUAUUCUACAUUUCAUCUGCCAGCCAUAUAUUCAAUACUGCUUGCAUCAGUAGUGGGUUUUGGGAUAUCAAUGAGCCUCAACUCAUUGUAUAUGCAGUACUUCAGUUGGAGAGUUCAAGUUGCUCAGAACAACUCUAGCCCAGUAUGAUUGAAUCCUGGUAGUAACAAGGCUAGCAUGUAGCAUUGUGUUGGUCGAUCAAUUAUCAAUACAAUAAUGUAAAUUUCUUACUAGUAGAUUUGAUCAAGUGUACACGUUUUUGUUUAAUGAAAGAUGUUGCACUGAAUCAAUGAGCAUGUGUCCCUCGAUUAUAUUUCAUCAUUUGUAGUCCUUGCGGUUUGCUUCUUAUUAAAACUAGUCAUUGCUUUUGUGACUGUGGAGCUCCGACUAAAUACUUGAGAAAACCUCAUGUAAGAACCAUGACUCCAAGGCAUGUAUAAAAUAAUCUCUUUUGGAACUCUUAUUGAAGGGUAGAACAAACUAACUAG